UUGCAGUUGUUGCCGGGGCUGUGGAAGGACAGAGCGCCGCGGUCUCCCCGCCCCCGGAGGCUCGGCCCGGUCCGGUCCCGCCCCUGCCAGUUUCGCGGCCAGUCCUGGGCUCAUGGAGAAUUUCAAGUGGUUGCUAAUGUGAGAAGACAACAUGCCAUUUUGAAGUAUGACAGAAGUCCUGAUGCUGCAGCAGAGGCUAGGAAUAUUAAUGGCCAAAUCUAGAGAGUACAUGGUCUUCUAAAGAAGCCAUGGGUAGCUGCUGUAGCUGUCCAGAUAAAGAGACUGUCCCAGACAACCAUCGAAACAAGUUUAAGGUCAUUAAUGUAGAUGAUGAUGGUAAUGAACUGGGUUCUGGCGUAAUGGAACUUACAGAUACAGAACUAAUUUUAUACACCCGUAAACGGGAUUCCGUAAAAUGGCACUACCUCUGUCUCCGUCGCUACGGCUAUGAUUCAAAUCUCUUUUCUUUUGAAAGUGGUCGACGAUGUCAAACUGGACAAGGAAUCUUUGCCUUUAAGUGUGCUCGUGCAGAAGAACUAUUUAAUAUGCUACAAGAGAUCAUGCAGAACAAUAGCAUAAAUGUGGUAGAAGAACCAGUAGUAGAAAGGAAUCAUCAUCAAACUGAGUUGGAAGUUCCAAGAACCCCUCGAACACCCACCACUCCUGGGUUCAGUGCACAAAGUUUACCUAAUGGAUAUCCCAGAUAUCCCUCCUUUGGAGAUGCUUCAUCACAUCCUUCCAGCAGGCAUCCCUCUGUAGGAAGUGCACGGCUUCCUUCAGUAGGUGAAGAGUCAACGCAUCCAUUGCUUGUAGCAGAGGAACAAGUGCACACCUAUGUCAACACUACUGGUGUACAAGAGGAAAAAAAAAAUAGAUCAAGUGUGCAUGUACCGCUGGAAUUAAGGCUUUCUAAUGUUGAAACAAGCAAGACAACAGAAGAUCAGAAUUGCACUGAUGACCGAGAUGCUCAGGUUCUUCUGGAGCCUGAAGGAGUCAAAUUUGUUUUAGGACCAACACCUGUUCAAAGACAAUUAAUGGAAAGAGAGCAACUGGAGCAACUUGGGAGAGACCAAGUUAGUGGCAGCAGUACAAACAACUCUGAAUGGGACACUGGGUACGACAGUGAUGAACGUAAAGAAACAUCUUCUGGUAAUAAACUAGUGUAUGAAAAUCUAAAUAGGUUAUCAAUCCCUAGUGCCUCAGGAGUCAGGAGAGGUCGUCUGACAUCAACAAGUACCUCAGAUACCCAGAAUAUUAACAACUCUGCUCAAAGGAGAACUGCAUUGUUAAACUAUGAAAACUUGCCAUCUUUGCCUCCUGUUUGGGAAGCCCGCAAGCUAAGUAGAGAUGAAGAUGACAAUUUAGGACCAAAGACCCCAUCUCUGAAUGGCUACCACAAUAACCUAGAUCCAAUGCAUAAUUACGUAAAUACAGAGAAUGUAACUGUGCCAGCAAGUGCUCAUAAAGUAGAAUUUACACGACGUCGGGACUGUACACCAACAGUCUUUAACUUUGAUAUUAGACGUCCAAGUUUAGAACACAGGCAGCUCAAUUAUAUACAGGUUGACUUGGAAGGUGGCAGUGACUCCGACAACCCUCAGACUCCAAAAACUCCUACCACUCCACUUCCACAAACUCCAACCAGGCGCACAGAGCUGUAUGCUGUGAUAGACAUUGAAAGAACUGCUGCUAUGUCAAGUUUGCAGAAAGCACUGCCACGAGAUGAUGGUACGUCUAGAAAAACUAGACAUAACAGUACUGACCUGCCUAUGUGA